AUGGUUUGUCUUGAGAUGACUUGUAGCCUUGUAGACUGCUAUUGGCUCGAAGAGCAACAUUGGCAUUCUUACAACUAUAUAUUUGAGAAAAUGUUGGACUUCAUGUCACAGCUGGCUUUUUCUUUGGGAAUGGAUGUGGCUGCUUGGUUGUACUUCAUAAAUAAAAAGAUAAAGAUUAAGCUUUGUUAUGCACCUUUGAGCCAAAAGGACAGGGCCUGGAGGAAGACUGUGGAUGAUCUCAAGAAAGAUAAGACAUGCCAAUUCAAGAUAGCAGCUCAACCUUACAACCCCAACGACUCAACAACCACUGUCUCUUGGCUCAUAGAGAGAGAUAUUCGUACUGCUACUUAUUUCAUUAGAGCUUAUGCAUUAGAUUCUCAAGAAAAUGAUAUGGCCUAUGGCCAAACCACAGGCAAGAACAAGACCACUAAUCUCUUUGAAAUUCAAGGCAUUACUGGUACACAUGCUUCUCUCGACAUCGCAGCUGCAUGCUUCUCCGCCUUCUUGGUGUUCUGUCUCUUUGGCUUCUUCAUUCGGGAGAACAGGUGUGCCUUAUUAGAGCUAGGUGCACUGGGCCUCCUCUUGGAGACAGCUAGGCGUGCCUUCUUUGUCGAUGUUGUGGAGCCAGCAGAAGGCAUGCUCUUGAUUGUUGAGAGCUUGACGAUGGAGGCUAAUGAGAGUGACAUUGGCAUCUCAGAGAGUGUGCUUGCUGCUUCCAAUAAUGGCACAAGCUCGGGGGCUGGUGAGCAAGCAAGAAGGGUACUCUUGAUGCUCUUAGAGCGGCUUUCCCACCCUUCUGGUCUAAAAAAAUCAGCAAAGCAGCAACGAAACAAUGCGAUGGUGGCUUGAAUAUCGAACAUAUGGAGAACUAGCUGUCAUGGAAGUGAUGAUACAACACUUUGAGCUUCAUUUGCAAAAUUGGAGAACAAGCUACCAUCGAAAAGGGUGGUAUUUCUUUUCCUAUUUCAUGAGGUGUUUAACCUCCUUGUGUCUUUCCAGUAGUUUGUAAAUGAUUGUAAUUGGUCAUUGUUUAAUUAAUGGUAAUCCAGUGGUUUGUAAAU